GACCUGCUGUCCAGCCAGGGUUCUCAUUAAUGCGUCUAUAAAUUCACCUCAGUUUAUUACGUGUCCUCUCUCUAAGUAAGCACCAGUGUCGAAGGGUCCAGGCUAAAGCUUCUAGAAUCAUGGCGAAAGACCAGGCUUUUGUGACGUUGGCGACCAAUGACAACUAUGCCAGAGGAGCCAUGGUCCUGGGACGGUCGUUGAGGAACCACAACACCACCAGACAGCUUGUGGUGAUGAUCGGAACCCAAGUAUCCCAACCCAGCAAGGAAGUGCUGGAGAAGAUCUUUGAUGAGGUGCGGCUAGUGGAUGUAUUGGACAGUGGGGACACUGCUCACCUAGCCCUGAUGAAGAGGCCGGAUCUGGGCAUCACCUUCACCAAGCUGCACUGCUGGGCUCUCACACACUACUCCAAAUGUGUCUUCAUGGAUGCAGACACACUGGUGCUGCAGAACAUAGAUGAGCUGUUUGACAGGGAGGAGUUGUCUGCAGCGCCUGACCCUGGCUGGCCUGACUGCUUCAACUCCGGGGUGUUUGUGUUCAAGCCAUCCAACGAGACGUACGGCAGACUGCUGGAGUACUGCGCAGAACAUGGCAGCUUCGACGGUGGGGACCAGGGUGUCCUGAAUGGCUACUUCAGUAACUGGGCAACAGCAGACAUAUCCAAACACUUGCCCUUCAUCUACAACCUGAGCAGUAUAGCGAUCUACACCUACCUUCCAGCAUUCAAACAGUACGGUGGCAAUGCCAAGGUGGUUCACUUCCUGGGUGAGACAAAGCCAUGGAGCUACACAUUCGACCCCACGACCCAGAUGGUCAGUGGGGAUGUGAAGGAGGCCCCCACACAGCACAGCUUCCUACUGGACUGGUGGACUCUGUACUCUGCCUCGGUGGUGCCGUUGCUGGCAGAGGAGUACGGUGACCAGGCCUUUGACUCCGGCUGUGUGGCAUCUGUCACCGAACUUGGGGACCCUGGUCCCAGCAGUGACCUGUUGUUACAGGUAUCUAGUCAGAAGGAAGCUGAAUGGAAGGGUUCCAGCCAGCAUCAGUACCAUCCCGCUGAGCCCAGCAUGUCAUCAGAGGAACGCAAACAGAAAUGGGAACAAGGCCAGGCUGAUUACAUGGGAAUGGACUCUUUUGAAAAUAUAGAGAAAAAGCUGGACGCUUUUCUUAAAUAGAGGAAAACUGAGGGAAUGUCUACAAGAGAUCUUACAGUUUGCCAGAUUGAGUCCACUGGUGUUUGAAAUGUGUACGGUUUAGUUCCCCACCCCCCAACUCUUCAGCUUUUGAAAAGUUCUGUGAGCCACGACCCAGCUAAACUCCAGGCCUCAAACCAAAUGCUGUUACACAAGGAAAUGCUGAUGUCGUUGGCAGAGCAGAUCUGCUGUGCAUUGUAUAGAUUUCUCUUUACAUGCUGUAAAGAUUACUGUGAAUUAAUCCACAUGAUGCAAAUUGACCAAUCUUUUCUGCAAUUACUGUAUUUUCGCAACUCUAGGUAACUCUGCAAUAAAAUUAUGGUGUUGCCAGACAUAGCCAUCAAAGGGAGCCAUUUUUUGCACCACUGUUUUUUUUGCACUUAAUUCACAUUUCUCAGCACUCACUGUACAACUAUAGCGUUUAACCCACUGUCCUGAUGUCUGUGCUCUACAGAUGACAGCCAGUGACAUGGUGUGCUUUACCUUUUUACCAUGCAGUCAGCUGGACAUGAAGUAGCACCUUUUUGACUCGGAGCUUAAUGUUCUGGUCUUUCUCUUGAUGCAGUGCUAUACUGCUGUUUCAGUACUUGCAGUUUACCCUUCUGCUGCUGUGAGGGAUGUAGUCUUUCAGGUUUCACCCAGGAUGGGGCUUCUGUUGGCCUUAACCUUCACAGCUGGAUCAGUGCCUGUUACACUCCAGCCUUCACCCUUUUCCUGUUGCAUUUGAUCAGUUGCACUAGUCUAGGUACGAUGUGCUCUGAGUGUUUAGAUUUUGGAGCUCACUGAUUUACUUCCUGUACCACAGCUUCUGUCACCUGCAGAAUAAAAGUACUGGUAGAAUGA